GGAUUUGGAGUGUCCCAGGACUGGGUGUCCUGCUAGUCUGUCUCUCCCCUCCCUCUUCCCUUCUGCUUCCUCCCUCCCCUUAGACUCAGGGGACUCCAAGGGUGGGUGGAAGGAACUCUUACCCCUGCGAAGAAUAGACACCAGGAUUGCCAGGCUGCCUACACUUGGUUUCUAGCUUCCCUUCCACGUCCCUCAAGCCACUCCCUGGGCCUGAAGCCCCGGCUCCCUUUGAAACACCCCCUCCCUCUCUGAAGGAGGCUGGCCUGGCCAGGGGGUUAUUUUAGGAGCAGCUUCUGAAAUGCUCUGGCCUUGUUAGGGCAAUGCUGACCUUUCUGUCUGAGGAGGAGGGCAGGACUGGAGAAGGGGCGGGGCAGCCACUAGGAGAUCGACAGCCCCACACGCCCACUGGGUGGAGGAGAAGGGGGCCAGCGGCCGGGAAUUCAGCCUCAGGCUGGGGGCUGUCACCCAGGGGGAUUCCCUUCUUUGAACCGGACUGGGGCCCCUCAACCUCACCCCUUUUACUGUGCUUCUUAAAGGGAUCACAUCGUUUUUCCUUUCACUCCACGGAAGCCUGACUUGGGACGCUUGGGGGAUUUUGAAUCUUUCCUUCCUGCUUCCUUCCCAGCUGGCCGCUUGCCUCUGGCUCAUUGGGGGGGGCUCUCAGGCAUGGCACUGACCAGCUGGCCCAGUGCUGACUUGGCUCCUGGGUUCUCUCAGCCUCUGCUGGUGGCUCGCUGUCCCCCUCCUAGGGCACGGUGGUGAGUUUGGGGGCCCAGCCCCAAGCACACCUGGAGAGUGUCGCUGGCACCCCAGCCACCCUCGCCACCCAAGCUGGAGGAUCGGGAGGUGAUUGGGGGCUAUGAUGAGAUGAGCGGGGGCCGCUUUGACUUUGACGAUGGUGGGGCGUAUUGUGGGGGCUGGGAGGGGGGUAAGGCCCACGGGCAUGGGCUGUGCACGGGCCCCAAGGGCCAGGGCGAGUACUCAGGCUCCUGGAACUUUGGCUUUGAGGUGGCAGGCGUCUACACCUGGCCCAGCGGGAACACCUUUGAGGGGUACUGGAGCCAGGGCAAGCGACACGGGCUGGGCAUAGAGACCAAGGGGCGCUGGCUCUACAAGGGCGAGUGGACACACGGCUUCAAGGGACGCUACGGCACUCGGCAGAGCACCAGCAGCGGUGCCAAGUAUGAAGGCACCUGGAACAGUGGCCUGCAGGAUGGCUACGGCACAGAGACCUACGCUGAUGGAGGGACGUACCAAGGCCAAUUCACCAACGGCAUGCGCCACGGCUACGGCGUGCGCCAGAGCGUGCCCUACGGGAUGGCCGUGGUGGUGCGCUCGCCGCUGCGCACGUCGCUCUCAUCCCUGCGCAGCGAGCACAGCAACGGCACGGUGGCGCCGGACUCACCCGCCUCGCCGGCCUCGGACGGCCCGACGCUGCCCUUGCCCGUCACCCCGCGCGGCGGCUUCGCGCUCAGCCUCCUGGCCAACCCCGACGCGGUCGCCCGGGCCUCCAAGGGUGGAGGCCUCUUUCAGCGGGGUGCCUUGCUGGGCAAGCUCCGGCGCGCCGAGUCGGGCACGUCGCUGGGCAGUCAGCGCAGCCGCGUCAGCUUCCUCAAGAGCGACCUCAGCUCUGGCGCCAGCGACGCUGCCUCCACCGCCAGCCUCGGCGAGGGUGCCGAGGGCGUCGACGAGGCGGCGCCCUUCGAGGCCGACAUCGACGCCACCACCACCGAGACCUACAUGGGCGAGUGGAAGAAUGACAAGCGCUCGGGCUUCGGCGUGAGCGAGCGCUCCAGUGGCCUCCGCUACGAGGGCGAGUGGCUGGACAACCUGCGCCAUGGCUACGGCUGCACCACGCUGCCCAGUGGCCACCGCGAGGAAGGCAAGUACCGCCACAACGUGCUGGUCAAGGGCACCAAGCGGCGCGUGCUGCCGCUCAAGAACAACAAGGUUCGCCAGAAGGUGGAGCACAGUUUGGAGGGUGCCCAGCGCGCAGCCGCAAUAGCACGUCAGAAGGCGGAGAUCGCAGCCUCCAGGACAAGUCACGCCAAGGCCAAAGCUGAAGCAGCAGAACAGGCUGCCCUGGCCGCUAACCAAGAGUCCAACAUCGCCCGCACAUUGGCCAGGGAGCUGGCUCCAGACUUCUACCAGCCAGGCCCCGAGUAUCAGAAGCGCCGGCUGCUUCAGGAGAUCCUGGAGAACUCAGAAAGCCUGCUGGAGCCCCCCGACCGGGGUCCCGGCGCCACGGGGCUCCUGGGGCCGCCCCGCGAGAGCCCGCAGCUGCAUGAGCGCGAGACCCCGCAGCCCGAGGGCGGUCCCCCGUCGCCAGGCGGGACGCCUCCGCAGCCCAAGCGGCCCAGGCCGGGGGCCACCAAGGACGGCCUGCUGGGCCCGGGCGCCUGGAACGGCGAGCCGGGAGGCGAGGCCGGGCUGCCGGUGACGCCGUCCGAGGGCGCGGGCCGCCACAGUCCAGCGCGCCCGGGCCCCGAGCGCAUGGCUAUCGAGGCGCUGCAGGCGCCGCCCGCGCCGUCGCACGAGCCCGAGGUGGCGCUCUAUCAAGGCUACCACAGCUACGCCGUGCGCACCGCGCCGCCGCAGCCGCCGCCCUUCGAGGAAGAGGAGGAGCCCGAGUCCCCCCGGUCCGACUCGGCGCCCUCGUCCCCGGUCACCGCCCCCACGCAGGCCCCUGCGCCCCGGGGCCCCGAGCCCCCGUCGCCUGCCAAGCUGGAGCCCAAGCCCAUCGUCCCCAAGGCCGAGUCCAAGGCCAAGGCCCGCAAGACGGAGGCCCGAGGGCUGACAAAGGCCAAAAAGAAGGCUCGGAAGGAGGCAGCGAUGGCGGCGGAGGCCGAGGUCGAGGUGGAAGAGGUCCCCAACACUGUCCUCAUCUGCAUGGUGAUUCUGCUGAACAUCGGCCUGGCCAUCCUGUUUGUUCACCUCCUGACUUGACCCUCGUCUGCCAG